UUCCACUCACAGUAGCCUCCUUCGGUAAGCUGCAAAUCGUCCCGGCAUCGUACAACUCAGAGCAGUUGAAGAACGUUGAAGACCCGAGUUAAUCAAAAGGGACAGUGCGGCCAAAGUGCGGCUCCGAUCCUAAUAUUCAUUACGCCGCCUUUGUCAGUGGAGGCCGACUGGGUAUAUAGCUGUGAUGUCUCUUCAAUCCCUCGACUUCGAUGUCCUCGAAACCAUCAUGUCCUACGUCCAGUCGCGGGAUGCCCUCCCACUGACGACUAUGUGCCGCGCACUGCACGAACCCGCGACGCGGCGGCUCCUGUCCGACAUCUCCAUCCACCCAAACCGACAACGGGACCAUUACCAUGGCAUGUUAUUCUGCGAUCACAUGCUCGCCAAUUCUGCGCACCGCGCCCGGUACAUGAGAACGCUCACCUUGUGGCCCGCCGGUAUGAACCCCGUCGUCCUCAAUCACCUUGCGGAAGUCAUCCGCCAUGCGACCAACCUGCGCGCAUUCCACCUGGACACUACCGAUGACGCCUUUUAUUUCUGCCCUCCCCUUGCGGAUGCGUUCGCUGACGCCUCGUCGCUCACAACCAUUGAGUUCAACUUCGUGUCUCCAGAAUGGAUGCAGCCCACGAGCCGCCUUAUCCUGGAUGGAGCCGACACGGUUCUGUCGAACUUGGUAGGAUGUCUCACUAUGGUGACCCUCAAUCCCAACAUUCUCGAUGUUCUGGUGGACGUGGAGCCUCGCACUGUUUGCCCUCAUGCCCGGGAGCUUGUGGUGGGGCAGGGAAGGUUCAAGAGCGAUCACUGGGAACUCAUUUCCCGCGUGUUUCCCAGUACACGCAUUUUCCGCACCCAGGCAUCACCCUUCGGCAUUGGAGAGGCACACACCGAGUGGACCACAUUGGAUCUGGUUCAGACCACGAACCCGAUCCUCCUACGAUGCUACGUGACUCGACUCGAGCUCGAUGUCAACCUCGACGAUGUACUAGUACCCGAAGAGUCGACAUAUAAACCCGCCGACUAUUUCGAGACACUCCGCUGCGUCUCCCCCGUAGCGUUGACCUGCUUCGUCGACUUGAAUCGCCAGAUAGUCGAGUGGGUAACGGGGCAUCUCAUUCAUCUCAGGGUCCUCCACCUGAUGACAUGCGACUUGCGUUGGUGGCAUCUGCGCACAGAUGUGGCUGCGUGGACGGAUGACACACUGCGGCAUCUUGCAUCGACUGUCGCGUCGUCGAAGCUUCGCGCGGUCAUCAUCGAGCUUCCGCACAACUUUCCCGCCACCCGCGCCUUGCUUCGCUCUCAUGCUGAGAAUAUUGUGGCACGCGCUGGAACUGUCGAACUCGUCGGGAUACGCUGUCACGCCGCCAUGGACAGGGGGAUCUCGCGGAUUGACAAAUACACAAUGACUCGGUACAACUGGUACCGUGUAGAGCGCAGGGAGAACGAUGGCAGCUCGCAGUUGAAUACUCUCGCCCAGGAUGAUGUUUUGCGGAUAGUUCCCGGGCUUCUUCAGUCUUUCGAAGUCGCUCCCUGACAAGCCUUUGCAGUGCAGUCAUGUUCUGAUACAUUAUUCAUAUGUUAUACCAUCCCAGACCGCAUUGGUUGCAACCGUGCGACGUUGCGACGUGUCGAUUGGGCUCGAUGUGGCUGCGCUGUACAGAAAACGAUCAAAGGGGGGAUCCAAUUGCGUAGAAUUGUCGUUGAUACCGAUGCUGUAACGGGACACUAGCGCCGGAUAGGAAGUACUGACGCGAGCAUGCUAUACAGUGUAAAUUUCGAC